AUGCUCGCGGGAUGCCAGAAUGAAGGACCCGGCUCCGCCGCGAUCGUCGCAGGCAGCUGCGGAGGAACGCGAUUCAAUCACUUCAGCUUUGAAAGCUGGCAGGGCUACGAAUCCUACCUUGUGGACGCUUUCAAAAUCUUUGGCAACAAAGCACCGAGAUUGUUGGGCGAUCUGGGUUACAAAGGCUCUGAAGGUAUGUUCAUCUUGGAAGGUUCCCUUCAGAGAGCACUGAACAUGAGCGGCCUCGGCUUGGAUUUCUACCGCAAUUGGAAUGCAGAUUGGUUCAGCCCCUCGACUUACACAGCGAAGAUAACUGACAUCGACCUGAGCCGGCUCCAAACUUGUGCUGAUUCCGUGAUGAAAACCUACCCUGAGAUUGCAGAAACGUACCUGGCAGCCACUGGCGAUAGUGGAGGUGUCAAGACAGUGAAUGGCAAAGUGGUGCUGGACUGCUGGCAGGACAAGUGGUGGGUGGCUCCAGCCUGCCGCAGCACUCCGGGAUCCUGCACCCCGUGCACCACAGCACAGGCUGGAUGGGGUUUGAUCCCCAUGGUUCAGCAAGCUACUUUCCACAACAUGCCCGUAGCUUUCGCUACCGCAAUCAUUGAGCCAGACCAAUAUAUCCCUCUUGGCCGAGAGUAUCAAAGUCUGACCUACUGGUGGUGGCCAGAUACCAUGUUCACCUUGGACAACCCUGUGUUGGUCCAGUUCCCUGCCUUCAACGCAGCGGAGCAUGCUGUGGAAAACUAUCGAACCAUGAAAGACAACACCCGUCUAACCAACUGGGCCGCAGGAGGGAUUGAGGUGGCAGCCGACAAGGCAGCUCAUUUGGCUGAGAAAAUAAAUGCCAUCUACAGUGCCGAAAUCACCGUGAUGCUCAAGAGGUACGUCCAGCUCGGAAACGAUCCCUGGGAAUCUGCCUGUGAAUGGCUGAAGGGCAAUGAUAAUCUGUGGCAGAGCUGGAUGCCCAACGAGACCGCGUGUACCAGCGGCAAGGGCCUGGUCGACUCGAACGGGGACUUCAUCACAGAUCGCGCACGAGCUGUCGGUUGUGAAACCUGUCCUGUGGGGCACUACUCCAAAGAACAGGGAGCAACGCGAGUUUGUACACCCUGCACCAAGGGCAACUACCAGUCGCUUCCUGGUGAAGAUGUUUGCCUCCCCUGCGAGAGAGGAAAGGUCGCUGGUCAGGAUGGCAUGCGUGCUUGCACUGCAUGCCCAUUGGGCGAGUAUGCAGAAGGGACUGGAAUGAUCAACUGCUCCAUCUGCGGGAAUGGAACAGGGCAAGAAGACAAGUGGACUACCAGUGAGCCGGUGAUGUCACAGGGUAAGGAGACCUGGAUUCAAGUGCAAGGUGCGGACAAUAUCUCCUACUGUGGAUGCGUGGCAGGUACCUAUUUGUGGAACGGCCGCUGCGAGGAAUGCAUCGAGGGUUCCAUCUGUGAAGGGUCCAGUAAACUGUUGCUGGCACCCGGCUACUACUCGCGCGCAACGGAACCCGGAGAGGUCUACUACUGCUUUGGCGAGCGCGUUCGUUGCCCCGGUGGCGAACCGGGAACCUGCGCCUUUGGGCGGGACACCAGCACCAUUGCGUGCAGCGCCUGUGAAAUUGGCUUGCACUCACGGGACGGAAUCUGUGUGCAGUGCGGCGGGGGCGACUAUGCAUUGGUGACUAUUGUGGGUAUCCUGGGGUGUAUCAUGAUUGCUGUUCUCUACGUGGUUCUGAUGAAUGAAGGGCAGAAGAGCAAGCAACCAGGAAGUCUGUUGAUUGCAGCCUUGGGUAUGGGACAAAUGGUCACGAUCGUGCAGUCGCUGGACGCAGGGAUGGCUGACCCCCCCGGGCGUGGAGGUGUCAAGACUAUCGGUGAAAAGAUGCGGCAGCUGACGGUGGUGCAGCAGUUCAAGAUCGAUUGGGGCGAACCUUUUGCCAGCAUCCUGGUGGCCUUGGAGGUCAUGGCUUUUGAUUUGGAUAUGAUCUCCAUCGGUUGUGUGGCUCCCAUGGAACCCGUGAUGAAAUUCGCAACCCGAACCUUGAUGGUUCUACUGCUCUUUGCCGUUGCCAGCGUCGUUCACUUCGGGUAUUUGGCGUGGCAAAGGUCUCGGGGCGGCGCCCAAGCUGGGAAAGGCUUCCAGAUCAGCUUGCUGCUAAGGACCGCGGGCACCCUCUUCAUGGUCUUCUUCAUCUCGCUGUGCUCCUCGCUGUUGGCCCCGUUCCGUCGCAACCAACAUCCCAACGGCCGCUGGACGGUGCAAGCCUACCACGGAGUGUAUUGUAACGGAGAAGGCGAACACCUGUCCAUGUCCAUCAUUGGUGGAUUGGCGUGCUUGCUUCCCUUGGGCUUCCUGGCUAUCUGCGUGUGGGUCGCUCGGUUGAAGGAUCUGAAGAUUCUGAAGCUGAAAAUUCACGGGCUGCAAACGGCUGAUGUGAAGUUCCUGCGCGCUUGCUCCUUCCUCUUCAUGCGCUUCCGCCCCGGAGCUGAGGCUUUCAGCGUCCUCUUCUUGGUGCGCAACGCCUUGGUGGUGCUGUGCCCAUUGUUCCCAGGAGCCUCAGCCAAGGUGGUCUCCAUGAACCUGAUCCUUUACGGCAGUCUUGUCAUGGUUGCUUACAGCAAGCCUUGGCGCGCCAUGGUCUGCAACUUCCUGGAUAUGAUGCUGGUGACUGGCAUGCUGGUGAUCUUGGACAUGGGCUCUCUUUUCGUGGAAGACAACGAUGGUGGCACCACCAUGGUGAUUUGCUUGAUCUUCUCUGCCCUGAUGCUGCUGUCCAUCAUCGCUUCCGUCUUCUACGGCAUUGCCAAGCAUUUCAUUCAGAAGUACCGCAAGCCUUUCAAGUUCUUCUUGUGCCACCAGAAGAUCGCGGCUGGAAGCAUGGCGCGGCUGCUGAAGAUCGAACUGCAGAAACGGGGCUCCAAAUAUAGCACCUUCGUGGACUGCGAUGACUUGAACGACCUCACUAGGCUCUUCAGCUAUGUCGGCCAAGACACGGAGACUUUUGUCAUCAUGGGAUCUCCAGAUAUCAUGACGAGGAAGUGGUGUGUUGGUGAGAUGUGCACAGCACGCAGUCACAAGGUGAACACCGUGCUGUUGAUGUGGCCGGACUUCGUGAAACCAGACAAAGCUUUCAUUGAAAACUAUGAGAGCAUUGUGCCAGACAUCGUGGAGCUUGCCAACUACAACAUUGGUUUACAGGAGGUGCAAGAUACCAUGGCUUGGAUCAGCACCGUGGAGACCAUCGACGUCCCGGGCUUGAUCAGUGGAGAAGCUAUCGAGCACAUCUGUGGUCAGAUGACUGGCACCACCCGCAGCCGUUCCAUCGCAGAUACACGAGAGGCGCCAGACUGCAUCAUUUUGUCGGAUUUGGACAACAUGGAGGCUGCCGCCACUGCCUAUGUCCUGCUUGCCCUGAUCGUUCCAAAGUUGGUGGGUGGCCAGAAGAACAACAUGCCGGCAGUGCUACAGAAGGACCGCAGUGUCCCCGAUACAGUCUGCUCAGCCUUGGUGAUCUGCAGCGACGGAUGCUUCAAGCAGUUCCAGUUUGGUGACUGGUUGAUGCAAGUGGCCAAAUUGCCCGGAUGCUGCGUCUUGCCGAUCAUUGCAGAGGAUGGUUUCCGCUUCCCUUCACCCAGCUACUACGAGGAGAUCAGCGGAAUGCCCCAACUUGAGAUGUUGGAUCUGCCGAUCUACAUUAGAGCUAUCAAGGCCGUAUUCCAAGAGAUCGCGGUGGUCUUCUCUCCACAGAACUAUUCCUCUACUCAAGAGGACUUGGACUUGCGCGCCAAACAGGUGGCGUGGCGCAUCAGCAGCGGAGCACUCAAGUCGUUGUAUCAGAAAAUCAUGGCCAAGGAUGAUGAUGAAGCGGGCGAUGCAGCUGUGGCUGGGGACGGCGAGAAGAAAGCACUGGAGGACGCGCCUUCCAACCUGGUCAUGCCAACGCCGGAACAAGUUCUCGAAGAGAUGUUCUAG